AUGACGCGCCACGCGCAAGAUGAAGCGUCGAAUGCGCAAGCACUGGUGGAGUUAUUCUCCGAGAAUGUGCUGGCCAAAGUCCUCCGGGUCGCCAUAGAGGGACUCGAGAAUAAUAUACCACCGACAGUAUACCCAGAGUUUGUUCCCCAGCACGGCAAAGGCACAGGGCGCUACUUUCUCCGUGACGCAGACUUCUGGACCUGCGGCUUUUUCCCGGGUAUCCUGUAUUCCCUUCUCGAGCGCGCAGUCCGAUAUCCGCAAGUCUUUCCCUAUCUUGAGCAUGAGAAGUCAAAUGCACCAGACUCAAGUGAAUCUCUACGGGAGCAACUGGUGUCUCUUUCCCACACCUGGACGGGACCCAUCCAGGCUAUGAUGACUCGCACCGAUACCCAUGAUAUUGGCUUCAUCCUGCAGCCAUCGCUCCAAAAGGACUGGGAAUUGACAAGCAACCGGGAGAGUCUGCAAGCAGUAUUAACCGGUGCUCGCAGCCUUGCGAGUCGCUAUGUCCCUUCCGCGCGCGCAAUCCGUAGCUGGGACGUUCUCCGCCAGGCAGAUAUCGCGAUAACAAGUCUCACAGACGACUGCCUCGUAAUAAUCGACAGCAUGAUGAAUCUGGAUCUUCUCUACUACGCAUCCAAGCAUAUUUCAGAUCCCAGUUUAGCCGACAUAGCUACGACACACGCGCGAACGGUUAUGCAGUCUCUACUCCGUCCAGAGGGCCCAGCGACUAGCAAUGACAAGAGCUCUACAUCCCCGGAGCUCUACUCUACCUAUCACGUCGUGAACUUUGAUUGCCAUACCGGAGCUGUAAAACAGCGCCGCACCGCACAGGGAUAUAGCAACGAUUCGACCUGGGCGCGCGGCCAGGCAUGGGCAAUUACAGGGUUUGCGGAGACAUACAAGUGGACAAAGGAGAAGGACUUCCUGGCUACUGCCUGCGGACUGGCAGACUACUUCUUGCAACGGCUCGAAACAUCGCCGGCGUGCGUGGAGAAGCGUGCCGUCACACUCUCCAAUGGAGCGACGAAUGGACAGGCAGAAAAGACAACCGGGCGCUACGUCCCCUUGUGGGACUUUGAUGCACCGAUCGAGGACGAAACAAACCCGUUGCGCGAUUCUUCGGCGGGCGCAAUUGCUGCAAAUGGAAUGCUGCUUCUCUCGCAGUCGCUGGCUGCGUUGGGCGAUGUGGAAUUGGCAGAGAGAUACCGAAGAGCUGGAAUACGAAUUGUCAGUGAUACAAUUGAGUACUCUUUAGCGCAGGAGAAGGCCAAGUUGGCGACUGGGGGGGAGGAUGGAAGUAUCCGAGUGGAAGACGUGGUGCCCGGCCAGCGGUUUGAUGCUAUCCUGAAGAAUGCUACAGCGAACCAUAAUGCUCAGGACUAUGAUCAGUAUAGUGAUCACGGGUUGGUUUAUGGGGAUUACUAUCUGCUGGAGUUUGGUAAUAAGCUGUUGAGGAUGGGCUUGUUUUAG